AGGUUAAGGCUCAAUGCCUCUCUGCAUGUCCCAAAAUGAAGUUGCAAUCAAUAGAGAAUAUUUUUUCAAAAAGUAUUCUCUCUUCCAGGAAAGGCUACACCAUGCAAUUAAUGCAGGCCGCCCCUGCGAAGUUUCCUCCAUAGUCAGUCAGGGUUUCAGUGUGAGCCAUUGGGGGUGUAGCCCAUGCAUCUAAAACGAGGUUAAUUGCAGUUUGUGACCUGACAUUUAUUAACUGCUGCUAAAACAAAAGUUUCUUGGCUAAGGGGAAGUUAUUGGACAUUUCCAGUUCGUGUCGUUACGAAGGCUUUGAUGCUGAUGUAGUACAAGACUGAAAGUUAGGAAAUGGUGUGUCUAUAAAUAGCCAUUGUGAGUGUUGCCUUUCUUAUGCCAGUUCAAAGGCUAUAUGAAUUUCACGAAAUAGACGUGGUUAUGAUGAUCACCCUAGGGGCGAAAUCAUUAAGGUUGCCAACUUUGGACUAACCAGAACCUCGGGGCUCAGUUUGAAAUAAAUAUGCGCAAUGCACGGGGUGAACAAAGGUUUAUUGGAAAUGAGACGUAUGGGGAGCAAUAGUUGGAAAGACUCGAGAAUAAUUGGCUGGUUUGAAAUAGAUGGCUUGUCAUCAACGUUCCAAAUCAGUCCAUAAUGUCGAGGGGAAAUUAAACUGAAAAAACUUGACCAAGACGUAGGCUACUGAUGGUGAUGACGGAGAAUGAGGGGCGAAGAAGAGAAAGGAAAUUGAGGUAAUGGUGAACUUGGUCCCAAAAAGGUCCGCAGGAACCAGAGCUGUUCGAGUGAAUCACAGGGACGUAUUCAGCGUAUGAUGUCAAUGUUCUAACGCAACUUCUCCUGAUGGAGCGUUGCCGAGCCUCACGCGAGGUAUAUCGUCUGGACCGAGCGGCAGGUGACACGUGAACCUCAACGCGUGAUCUUCGCAUCCGACAGGACGAUUUGAGAAGAGCAGACAGGACAGUGCCACUCACCUUUGUCUGUGUUUUACGGAUAGAUGCUACUGGUCUGGCUGGUUUGUUUUGGAAUAGCUUCCCCCAACUUCAAAGGUGUAUUAUUCAUGCAGAGCUGAUGGCCCUCCUUGUCUCUCUGUGCUGAAGCUUAUUGGGGUGUGAGACUCAGGUCAGUGCUGAAGCUUAUUGGGGUGUGAGAGGCAGGUCAGUGCUGAAGCUUAUUGGGGUGUGAGACUCAGGUCAGUGCUGAAGCUUAUUGGGGUGUGAGACUCAGGUCAGUGCUGAAGCUUAUUGGGGUGUGAGAGGCAGGUCAGUGCUGAAGCUUAUUGGGGUGUGAGAGGCAGGUCAGUGCUGAAGCUUAUUGGGGUGUGAGAGGCAGGUCAGUGCUGAAGCUUAUUGGGGUGUGAGAGGCAGGUCAGUGCUGAAGCUUAUUGGGGUGUGAGAGGCAGGUCAGUGCUGAAGCUUAAUUGGGUGUGAGAGGCAGGCCAGUGCUGCACUCUCCCUCCUCUGCUCUCAACACCAGUGCAAUGCAGUGUAGCAGGAACGUUUCCUCGUUUUCUGUUUUUUUCUCUCACAUGUCAAGGAAUACUAACAGAAGCGAUAACAGACCUGCUACACAUCCACACACACGAGAAGAAAACCUUCAUCUGGCAUUAUCGCCUGUGUCCUCCCCCUCCAUCUGUCUCGGAGAGCUGAUAAGACUGCAUUUCGGGAGAGGUGCUGUGAAUCACCUGUAGGAAAGGCGUCUAACCACCUUUUGUGAAGACACUGCAAUAACUUCGAACUCGUGGACUUCACUGCAGCACUUUGAGGCCAAAGGAGAAGAACUACAUUGAAAAAAUACAGAGACAAAUGCUCAGAAAAAAUACGUAGACAGCCCCUAGAGGUUUAUCUGAGAACAGUCUGUUUUUCUGUUCUGUUUUAGAAAGAUAUACUUUACUUUAUUCGUCUUCGGCAGUCUAUCAAGGGAGUGUUCACAAAGUCCUGCUUAGCAUUUAAAGGGUUUCCUGUAGGGUAAGCCUGACUGCCUGAGACUUUUCAUGCGUCUCUUUUGAUGUUUCUUUUUCAGUGAUUUGUGCAUAUUCACCCAGUGUUUGUACAUCUAGUAAAUGAUACACUUUCGAUCAAGAAGAGAAUCUCCAAAGGGACUUGUGAACCACAGAGGUUAAGCUCUUGCUGUUUUGAAACGUGUUAGUCUUUAAGCAUUUAAGCCAUUUGUCCAACCACAGCCAAGGAGAAAAUAAUAUCUACAGAGAAUCCAACUGAGUGGAGAAAGAGAGAGACAGAGAGAGAGAGAGAGAACAUAAUAGGAGUGGCUACUGUUGCCAAGGACAACAGUAUCAACACGUUGUAUGGUCACAACACAGACCCACCCACACAGGCACGUUCUCCAGCAGACGCUCUCAGUGGCACGACAGGGCAGGGAGCUCGCAAUAUCGCUCUGCCAGCCAGGGACACAAUUGCCCCGAUUUCCUAUCCCAGCGGGCAGAUCCAGACAGAUGGGAGUGCGCCCCCCACGCCACCCUCACCACAACCAGCGGUCCCCCCCUCCUCCCCAAGAGCACGAGAGAGCGAGAGUUCCCCCCAGGCCGGAGCACUGAUCCCGCAGCGCUCCGUCGCGCAGAGGGUCUGAGGACCCGGAGCCCCAUGGGAAGGGAAGAGGGCGAGGACACGGCUGAACGGAUUACAGCUCAUCCUGCACUCCUCUCGGUCUCUCUCUCGGCAGCUCAGCACGCGCCUGGAGGACAAAAGGGAGAGAUCCAGCGCAUCAGUGCCAUAGCAAUCACAUUUCUCCUCCGCGACUCUUUUCUUGUUCUGUCUUUUUAAGGUAGUUGUUGUUCUUUUUUUUUCUUCUCCUCCUCUAUUUCUUCUUUUCUCACCCUCUCUCUCGUCUCUUUUGACAUCUGGAAGAGGAAGUGUCUGGAAGAAGGGCAGGACUUGGCAGGACUGUCUGUGCUUGCCUGCUUUAAAAAAACAAAAAAAAAAACUAAAAAACAGAAUGGCCCUAGAGGUGGAUACACGAGAAGUGUUUUAGGCAGAGAGAGAGAGAGACAGACAGACAGACAGAUAGACAGACAGACGUGCGGGCUGCCAAAAGUCAUGGGGAAGUCCAACAGCAAACUGAAGCCCGAGGUGCUGGAGGAGCUGACCAGGAAGACCUAUUUUACAGAAAAGGAAGUGCAGCAGUGGAUUCCAGUGAAUCUCCAGAAGACUCUGAGGUAUAAAGGCUUCAUUAAGGACUGUCCCAGCGGACAGCUGGACUCCACGGGCUUUCAGAAGAUCUACAAGCAGUUCUUCCCCUUCGGAGACCCCACCAAGUUUGCUUCCUUCGUCUUUAACGUGUUUGAUGAGAAUAAGGAUGGCCGCAUCGAGUUCGCUGAAUUCAUCCAGGCCUUGUCAGUCACCUCCAGAGGGACGCUGGAUGAAAAGCUCAGAUGGGCUUUUAAACUUUAUGAUCUUGACAACGAUGGCUACAUUACCCGGGAUGAGAUGCUGAACAUUGUGGAUGCCAUUUACCAGAUGGUGGGAAACACAGUGGAGCUGCCUGAGGAGGAGAACACUCCUGAGAAGAGAGUGGAUCGCAUCUUCGCCAGUAUGGACAAGAAUGCCGACGGGAUGCUGACACUGCAGGAGUUCCAGGAGGGCUCCAAGGCUGACCCGUCCAUCGUCCAGGCCCUGUCCCUCUACGACGGCCUGGUGUAGAGGUAUCUGCUGAAGUGUCAGGGGGCCUGUAGAUGUCUGCUGUGUCUCUGUUUUCGCUGAGACAGAGACUGUCUGUCCCUGCACCUGGUUGGACAUGGAGUUGUGGACAUGGACAAUGUGAAUGCUAGCAAGAUCAAGGACAUCUGGCUUCAAUAUCUCAUUUUCAUCGUUUGUUAAAAACAACACUCAAAUGGACAAGUGUUUCCAGCUGUGCUGUGCUGCAUCUCUAUGUGACAUUGGCCUUUGGAAGAUGAUGAAAAUGAUGAAGAAACACCUAAGGACAAUUCCACAGGAGUCCUGCCCUUGAGAGUUGACCUGCCGCUGAAGCAGACGCUGAGGGACUACAAAGUAAUUUCUUGAUAUCAGGACUCCAGGUGUUUUCAGUUGUAGUGUGAAUUUAUCUCUGGAUUGCUGACGAAGGAUACAGCCUCACACAAGACAUGUAGUAUACCACAUUUAGCACGCACUUCAUCAACUGACAUGAUCUGCAGAAAGUUAGAUAAAACACUGAACAAAUAGUUUAACUAAUACAUUUACUGGACUGUACAGAUACAUUUCAUUUCACUGUAAGGCCAUUGCCAAUAGGAAGACUGGAUUAACUCCAGUCUUCGAACACAACAAUGUUUGUUCAUGAAUUCCAUAUAUUUGUUGUGUCUUCUAAUGUUCCUCCUGAACGAACUCUAUGAUGAAAACACUGAACUUGUUUGAAAUUCCUUACUGCACAAUCACAAUGUUUGCUGUGAAAAGUAUUAUUUUUCUAUUCAAAGCAGGCCUGUCAUUGUAAAAGAGAAAGCUUUUGUGUAUUAUACCCAAUAUACCAAACUGUGUUUUUGACUGUUAAUAGAGGUCUUUGUCACAUGCACAUUUUACUUUGCAAAUGAGCCAAGUUAUUACCUACAUUUUGCCUUUGAACUGUACAGUGACAAAAUGCUGGACUUACCCAUUUAUUUAUUGUUAUCGGGCAGCCAAGAAUCAAGUGUUUCUCCACAGCACUAAAUAAAACAUGAUGUAUAUAUCCAACACGUAUUAAAAGAAAUGUAACACAUUAAA